AAACUAACAGUUCAAAGUAUUUUAUGCGAAGCUAAUUUAAUGUAAGCAUGUUGCUGUUUACUGUACAAAUUGUUUUAUUUCUUUUAUUGGCACAAGACCAAUUAAUUAGUUGUAAACAUAUUCAACUAAAAAAUAAAGAAACUGUCGCUAGAUAUGGGAGAAGCUUAGAUUUGUUGAUAAACCAACAAGAAUCUACAGAAACGAGUAAAUCAGACACCCAGCUGAGAUUAUUUCCAGAUGAUAAGCAAAACAUUGACCUCAAUGAAUUAUUUGAUAAUUUUAAAAGUCAGAAAACAGAGAAAAUUAUAUCAGAGCAAAAUAUGAAUCAUACUCAGACCGGCCACAUAUUCUUCUCAAAAGCACACUGUCCUAGAGGUGAAAGUCUUAUUAAAAUAGGAUCCAAACUGGUUUGUAAGAAAGUCUGGAAUUUUUAUAACUAUAGAUAAUAGUCUUAAUAAUAAUUUUAAACUCCUAAAAACUAAUAUAUGUGGCAAUAACAAAAAUGUAAUAAAGGAAUAUUUCAAACAGUAAAAUAUA